AUGCACGAUCUCAUCCGUGAUCUUGCUCAAAGCAUUGGGAGUAAAGACUUCAAGAUGUUGGGACAUGACGUUGCCCAAGGUAGCAUGGCACGGGCUUAUCACCUGUCAAUCCUUUGUCAUUCAGAUCCUGCUUCACUUCCAAAGGAAUUGUAUGGUGCCAAAGAUCUGCGCACACUCCUAUUCUUGUUUUGCACCCGAGACGUCCCUUCUUCUUUUCCACUGAACUUCCAAUACUUGCGAGUCCUGGAUUUAAGUGGAUGUGUGAAAAAGGUGCAUGAGUUGAAUAGUGAUUUGAUAUGUUUGAGAUACCUUGAUCUCUCAAACACUUCUAUUCAAUCACUCCCUCAUGCUAUCUGCAACCUUUGUAAUAUGCAAACCCUGAACCUUUCAUCUUGUGGUAAUCUACUGGAGUUACCUUUUGGCUUGGCUAAUAUAACUGGCUUAAGGCACCUUAACAUAGUGGGAUGUGAAAGUCUGACUCGCCUCCCUGCUGGUCUGGGGAAUUUUCAGCUUCAAACUUUGCCUUUAUACAUUGUGGGCAAAGAGAUUGGAGAAAGCAUCAGUGAAAUCAUUUGUCUAAACUUAAGAGGUGAAUUGAGUAUAAGGUGCCUGGAGAACAUCAGAGACAAAGAAGAAGCUACACUGGCUAAUCUAAGAGCGAAGAAAUAUGUUGAGUUGUUAAGUCUCCAAUGGGGAAGAGGGAACGAAGAGAAGAUAGUGAAGCUGGCAACAGGAUCUACGUCAUAUGAGGUUUGCAGAGAAGUUGAUGGUACAUCAAGAUCAUUACAAAGUGAUAAUGACAUUGUCGUGGAGUGUAUCCUUGAGUGUCUUCAUCCACAUGUAAACCUCAAAAAACUAUAUAUCAAGGGAUAUCCUGGAUUCAAAUUUCCAGAUUGGGACCUCCCUAAUCUAGUUCUGAUUGUUUUGAUAAAUUGUAGAGGAUGUGAUACUUUAUCUACCCUUGGGAAGCUUCCGUUUCUCAAAACACUUUGUCUACAAGGGAUGGAUGGAGUUACACAUAUCAGCGAAGAGUUUUAUGGAGUUGAAACCCUGAAAUUACCAUCUCUGGAAAAACUAACAAUCAGGGAUCUCCCCUUCUUUAUGGUCUUGCACAGACAAUGGAGCAGCAUUUCCUCGCCUGCAAAACAACCUGAUUUCUCUAACAAGUGGGUUCCUCCAUCUAACAGUCUUAGAACAGCUCUCAUCGUAAUGGUUGCCCUCGAUCUUCCUGACUGGCUUGCUAAACUUUCUUCUCUUAGAUCUUUAGCAAUUUCAAAUUGCACACAUUUGAUGUCGUUGCCAGAAGGAUUAAAACACCUCAAUACUCUUCAGCAUUUAUCAAUUCAAGACUGCCCUCAUCUUGAACGGCUUUGCAAGAAGAAAGGUAAGGAAUGGCGAAAAGUAGCUCAUACACCGCACAUCUAUGUUGGUUCACGUAAGAAGAAAGGUAAGGAACGGCUUUUGACUCCAUACUGA